AUGACGCACGAAUUACAAGAAUCACUUCUUUACGAUUGGAAUUAUAACCUGUUUUUUGUCAAAACUAUGUUACCAAAUCUUAGAAAUAUACAAGACAGACAAACCGUUGUGAGAUGGUUUAGAUUUUUAAAAAAUUGUACAAAGUCAAUCGAUGAAAUGAAAUUACGAAACAAAUUUAUGUACUUUCUCGUUCUGAACGUUCAAGAUGGUGAAUUGAAAACACCUUUUAACAAGCCACCACCCAAUCAACCGUUAUUAACAAUGACGAAUUUGCUGUCUGUAGAUGCUGACGAUAAGAUGCAAAAAGUUGGUAAAAUUACAAAACUCAAAAAUAUGAUCGGUCAAGGAAGAAGAUCAGAAUUGUUACGCCGUUCACCGGACGGUGGGGAUUUUCUUCUAUCUCAGCCAAUACCUGAUGUAGGUGCUUUUUGUUACAUAGCCGUUUUAUCAAAAAAGAAAUGA